CCACCUCACACUUUUCUCACAACCAACAGCAAAAUACAAUCUUAGAAAACAAAACUCAGCUAAAUCAACCUAUUUUCUUAUCACAAAAAGGAGAAUCAAAACACCAUGGCUAUUGCUCUUAGGUUCUUUACAUGCCUUGUUUUGACGGUGUGCAUUGUCGCAUCAGUAGAUGCAGCAAUCACAUGUGGCACAGUGACAAGUAGCUUGGCUCCAUGUGCCACCUACCUAUCGAGUGGCGGGGAGGUGCCACCUCCAUGCUGUGCGGGAGUCAAAAAAUUGAAUGGUAUGGCUCAAACCACAGCGGACCGCCAACAAGCAUGCAAGUGUCUAAAGGCCGCUGCACAGGGCAUCAACCCAAGUCUAGCCUCUAGCCUUCCUGGAAAAUGCAGUGUUAGCAUUCCCUAUCCCAUCUCCAUGAGUACCAACUGCGACAACGUCAAGUGAAAUGGGAGUUUAUGUCAACAUUAGCGUGAAGUGUAUGGUUUAGUAUAAGAUAAUAAAAGACGGCUAUCUAAGCUGUUAUUACCAUACUCUUGUCAUGUUACUUUGUAAUCUUUUCUUUCUUGUAUUGUAUCUUGAUAUGCUUAAGAUAUGAUAAUAGUACCUUAUUAAUACAUCUUCUCUUUAUAUC